AUGACGACAAAUGGGCUGUCAACCCUAAAAAUUUAUUGGGACGGUACAAUAUUAACGACUCCGGGUGGAGUUGAUUAUGUCUCUGGUAAAUCAGAACGGGUUGAGCUGACGAGUGUAGUGAAUUUUGCACAACUACAAGUCGUAAUUAGAAGGGUAAUUGGGCUGAAUGAUGCUGAUGAGAUAGUGAAGAUUUACCUACGAGUGCCCCGGUUCGUUGAACGUGGAAGAUUUCAAAAAUAUGAUGGUUUUUCUACGGAGACAGAUGUUCAUAUGGAAGUAAUGUGGCGUAAUGUUUCACGGACGCCACAAAUGAGGAUACUUGAAUUUUACAUUGUGUACAACCCUCUAUCUCAAGUACGUGCACAGUUUGAGGAUUCCAAACUAGCGGAUGUAGAAGACUGUGCGGAUGUAGAAGACUGUGCGGAUGUAGAGGACUGUGCGGAUGUAGACGAUGGUGAUGAUUUUAGUGAUGAAGAGGAGGAAGAAGAACACUUCUACGGGAUCGUUGCUGAUGACAACGAGGAUGAUGAUGAUGAUGACAUCAGUGGUGAGAAUGGAGAUGGCACCCAUGGUGAUAAUGUCGGUGGUGAGUCAGAACAAAAUGUAGAUCAUUUUCAGUCACGCCUUUCUUAUGAGUACACGCAUCAGAAUGUUGACAAGAUGCGUGUUAAUAUGAAUCUGUGGCCUGAAGAAAACACAAUAUGGGAAGCUGGCAAAGAGUUUGAACUGGGGAUGGUUUUUAGUUCGAGGUAUGCUGUCCAGACAUGUGCGACGAGUUAUCAUAUUGCAGCUAAUAAAGAAUACAAGAGUAGUCGAACAACUAGUAAAACAAUAGUGCUUGUGUGUGUGAACAAUGACACUUGCAAUUGGAGGUUGCGUGUGUCGCUUCUAAAAGGCGAGACAGAUUGGAUGAUAAUAAGAUAUAACUGCCCCCACCAAUGCAGCGGCCAAGCAAUGAACCAAGACCAUCGUAAUUUAAGAGCCCGAAAUAUAGCCGAACACAUCAACAUAAGGAUUAAAAUGCUUCGAGCGGGAAUUUUCCAAAGUCUGCGAGUUAUGCCUGGAUACAAAAACACUUGGUAUGCCAAGGAAAAGGCCAUUGCAAGCAUGUUCGGAGAAUGGGACGACUCUUUCGGCGAGGUUUGCAAUUUUAUGACAAAUGUCACUGUUGCUAAUCCCAGGAUAGUGUGGCAUGCUACAGGUACACCCAUUGAAAACAAUCUAGAAUUCAGAACUUUCAAGCAUAUGUUUUGGACGUAUGAGCCAAUGGUGAAGGGUUUUCAGUAUUGCAAGCCUGUUGUGAACAUCGACGGCACCCACACAUAUGGAAAAUACGAAAUGACUUUGCUGAUUUCUUCUGCAAUUGAAGGGAACAACCACAUCAUGCCGAUAGCUUUUGCCAUUGUGAAGUCGGAAACUGCCGCAUCCUGGAGGUAUUUUAUGAGAAUGUUGAAGAGGUAUGUUUUGGGUGAGCGAAAGGUGUGUAUUGUAUCUGAUCGCGGCUCCGGUAUUAUGAGUUCAAUGGAGGGGCCUGAGUGGGCGGGACACGCAUACCAAGAGCAUAAAAGAGUUCGGUACAUGUCAUUGAUAGAGGCGGAUUCACCUGAGGGUUAUACGUAUCUUAACCGCCUUAAUGUUACAAAAUGGAGCAUGAGCGGCGACACGACUGGAAUGCGGCAUGGUGUGAUGACAACUAACUACGCUGAGUCGGUCAAUGCGAUGCUAAAACAUUCGGGGACUCCCUAUCACAGCCAUGUUGGAAGCAAUAUUUGA